AUGCUGUUGCCCGACUCUGGAAAAGUCAUAAUAGACGGCGUGAACGUGGUUCAGUUCCCGGAGAAAGCGCGCCAGAUCGUCAGCUUCUGCCAACAGAGGAGCGUCUUUUUUCCUGAUCUCACUGUGUGGGAGCACCUGGCAUUCUACGCUACAGUGAAGGAGCGCAGGAGGACUUUAAUCCCGAAGCGGAUUUCGCACGCGCUGAAUCAGGCCCGCCUCGUCGACAAGGCAGACUGCCUCUGUGGAGCCCUUUCAGGGGGACAGAAACAGCGCCUAAGUAUUGCCAUCGCAACGCUGUCGAAACCAAAGGUGGUCAUACUGGACGAGCCAUCAUCAUCGCUAGACCCCGAGAGCCGGCGGGAGCUGUGGGACGUAUUGCUGGCGAUGCGUAUGCGACACACCACUAUCCUCCUUUCGACGCACGACAUGCACGAGGCCGACCUGCUCGCCGACCGAGUCGUCCUAUUAUGCCGUGGUAUGGUAGCCUCCACUGGGUCUCCGACGUUCCUCAAGAACCGUUUCAGCACGGGAUCUCAUUUGACCAUCGCUAAACUUGACGACACGUUCCGUGUGGAUCGGGUGUUGUCAGAAGUUCGCCACAUUGCACCGGAAGCUACCGUUUGCGAGGAAAGAAUACACGAUGUAUCGAUUACACUGUCCCAGUGCAAUUCUGAGCGAGUGACUGCAGUCCUACGAAUGCUCGAAUGGCGGAGCAGAGACCUCGGAAUCACGGCCGUGGGGCUGAAGGCAACCACGCUUCAAGACGUGUACGUCAGCGUUUACAACAUUGCAAGUGGAGAGGACUCACGAGAGUACCCAAUCAGAACAGGUGUCGACCACCGUUUAGAAAUGCGGCCGCUGCCUCAUGCAACAACCGGCAUGAAUGGAGGCGUUCAGCGGUCCAGCACUGUGUCACGGCUCGCUGCACUGUGGUCCAAGAGGUGGUUGUGUUUCGCCCGCUCCCCGUCCACGCUGUUUGUCUGCUGGCUACUUCCGGCGGCGGUGUUCUUCGUGCAGUUCCGGCUUGAGCAAGACUUGCUCACGAAACGCAAUCCGCUCACUGCACGCCUCGACUUGGUAUCACGCGAGGUGGACACUGAGCUCAUAGCCAUCAUACCCAAGGUGCUCUACCCGCAGGGUGCCGCGUUCGUGCAGGUCGACAAUGUGUCAGCGAACUUCGUCCAGAAGUAUUUCAACCCCGUGUCACAAGGCACGGUAAAUAACAUUGUCGGCGUUGCCUCGGCCAAGCAGACGCUGCUUUCCAUUGGGUUUGGCAACUUUUUGGAAUACGCACGAGCGUUUGUGUUCGGAAGUGUCUUCGGCCACGACGAGCUUGAGGCAUGGUGGAAUCCACACGCCGUGCUGAGCAGCGUUAUAUCUCUGAACGCGAUGCAUACAGCUCUGCUUCGGCAUCUGUCCGGUGACGUCACAACUUCCAUAGCGAUGAAUGUGCGCCUCUACAGAGAAGAAGAGAACCAGCCCGGCUUUUUCGAUGCAGUCGAGGACAAGGCUGAGACGGUUGUUAUGUUCUUCAAACGUGCGGCCAAAGAUUACAACGUCGUCAAGAAUCGCCAGGAACCAUCUUUUUUCCGGACAAGGAUCACCGGGGCUGCCCAUGGGCUGGACGACUCUUGA